AAUAUGGCUUGAGCCAUUUGGUGUUCACAGGAUCCAAUGGCGGUUUUCCCUUGUGAGUUUUGAGACGAUAAUAUCUGCUAUCAUGUGCUUCUACGACGAUGAAGGGACUGUCCCAGUUGGUAGCAAACUUAGAUGGUCCAGCAAUGUUCUUCCUUACAUGGUCCGAGGCCUUAAGGACCAUCUGUCAAACUGUGAAAACUCUAGCCUUGACUACACGGUUGUAGGGAUGGAGCCAAUCUUGAACACCAUCAGCAGGGAAGCAUUCUUCGUUUUGAUAAUAAACUUGUUGACAGGAUACACAUUGCUGUUGGAAUUCAAUAGACUGUCAAGCCAUACCUGGCCAAUAAUACCCUACUCACUAGACCCGGUGGUAGAGGCUUACACGACUGUCAUGACCACAUGUGCGAUCAUGAAUUUCCCUAAGUUUGUGAUAAGCCUCCUUAUCGCUGAUGCACCUGGCCAAGAUUCCACUAGGGAGGGCGUUAUAUAUCUCACACCGCCAGUCAGCACGAUCAGGCACUCUCGAAGCAAUUGUGGCCAAGGCAUUAGCCAAUCGGUUCUCCAUCCGUGGUAUCUACUCAUAUCUUAUGCUGGCAAAGGACUGCUCCAGGUGUUGGCUGAAACAACGAUAUGGCACAAGAUGUUUUUCUUGGAUAACGAAGGUACCUUGAACUUGACCAAGGAUCAAACCUGAAUCGUCGAUGAUUUUCAAGUGUUGAACACUAGCCUCUUUUGCCAUAGCGAGCCCAAUAAGCUAAGCUUUGUACUCCGCGGUGUUAUUCGUGUAGUGAAAAUCAAACUUGAAUGAAAAUACCAUAUCAUG